GGGCCCGAGCCGCGCGUGGGGAGCGGGCCCCAGGGCUGUUCGGGGAGGGGAGGGCCCGGCGGCCGGGAGCGGGGGAGGGCGGCUCGGAGGAAGUGAUGGAAGCUGAGGAAACAGGAAGAGCCGCGGCCGGACACCUUUAUCCAGUAGAUAUUUUAGCAAGUAAUCCUGAGGUUACCCAAGAAGCAGCUGAGGCCUACUAUGAAAAACUUUUGCAGCAAACUUCAUCAUCUCCUGAGUUUUUUUCCAUUCCUGGUGAAGAGAAGGUUAAACUUGAAGAUUCCUGUAUGUGUUUCCUUCCUGUGUACCGAGAAGACCCAAAAUAUAAAAUUUUGGUGUUAACAGAUCCACAGGAUAAAGAAAGAGUUUUGGCAAUUUACCUUAACCAGUCCUGGUGGCCUGUUGAAGAUAUAGUGAAGACUGCUGAUUCCUCUAGAGAAGGUCUUAUACAGGUCCAAACAUUUGGAGAAAGGAUUGUCCUCUUUGUUCUCAACUACAUUAUUUUUGGAAUGUUAGAAAGGAGUUCAGCUAAUGAUACAUUCUUUGUAUCUCAUUCCGCCAAGGAGUCUGCCAAAAUAUUCUGGAGGAAUGGAGAUGCUGUUGCCUUUUACACAGUCAAAAUGAAAGGAAGCCUGUGUGAUGUUAACACCAGUCAAUGCUACCUGCUCCCAGUUCUGGAUACUGUGUUUGUCCGGAGAAAAUACAGAAGGUGUGGCCUAGGGAUGAAAAUUCUGCAUGAUUUCUGUCAAUCUUUUGGGACCGAAGAUGCCUUGGGGAUCAGCUGCCCUAUUUCUGCUGACAUGUACCAAGUUUGCCAGAAAUUCUUGCAGAUCCAUCCAGAGGAGCAGGAUCGACUGUGGGAGGUGGAAGCACCAGGGGACUGGACCCAGCGUGUUAGUAUCUGGUUAAAGAUUCAGCUGGAAACUGCCCUUUCAGAAAAAAACACAGUUAGUCAGACUGCUUCAGAGGAGGAAGGAGGCUGUCAUGUUGAGGGAGCUCAGGAUGAUGAACCCAUAUGCUUAAAUGCAGGCCUGAUGAAUGAGGGAGGCGAAUGCAUUCCUGAUAUUAGGAAAAUGGCACAAGAAGCCAGAGACAACAAAGAUAACACAGCAGAAGAAGCAAAGACAUUACACCUGCAAAUUCCCAAGGAGGAGGACUUUAGUCAAGGUACAGCUGAUACGCAGCAAUGUAAGGGAUCUAGGAAAAGAGCAAGCACUAUGGGCCUGCUGGAAGACAAGACUGCUAAGCAUCUCCGAAUGAUGCCUUAAUUCCCUCACUCAAGGAGCAAGAUCCACUGUGCAGUCAUAAAAGGCUAAAAUAAUAGACUAAAAUAGUCAUAAUCUCUAACCACACUGAGAUUUCUCCAGAUUAGUUACAAGGGUUUUGCAAGGCAAAUAUUCAGAAUCUUUUUAAAAAAAUAAAAAUAAACUAUUGUUCAUUUAAUUGUUCUUUUGUUUUGUUUCCUUCCAAGAAAUUAAAUAGUAGUCGAGCUUAGUUAUUUCCCUGCUUUGGAAAGAUUUUAAUGGAUCGCGUAAGGUGUCUAGAAAGGAGGAAUUAGGACUUGUAGAUACUGAUGUAAGAAGAUAUUUCGAUGGAAACAACUUCCUGUAUUAUGCAAAGGAGAUACCGCAACACAGGUUUUGUACGGUACUCAUUACUCUAGUGUCUGAGCACAUCAUAUGCAGUAAUGGAUUUAUCCUUACAACAUUUCAAAAAGGAAGAAAAAACAUAUGUAACUAGAAUGAUAUAAUUAAAUGGAUGAAUAGUGAAACUUCAGUGUUCUGGUGGAUGUAUUGACUGUUGAUUAUUACAUCCCUCUCCCCAAUUAUCUUCAAAUAUUUAAGGCAGACAUUCCCAAAAUGAAUAAUUCUUUGUGCUCUUGUUGCCCUUGUUAUAGAAGGAUCUUAGAGAUUUAGAAGCAUGAACUGAGCUCCUGUGAGUUCAGCAAAUACUUUACCCAUUUUUCAUAUGGGUCAGUUGACUCGGAGAGUUGACACCCCCAAGGUGUCCCAUGGUGAGUCAGUGGUGAAUCUGGACCAGAGACUAACAUUGCACCUUCAACUUGUGCUACUUCCCAAAUAAAAGGUACAAUAUUGUACUUAGAAUGGAAUGUCUUCUUUAAUGGUGAUUGAUUUGUGCUGACCCAUUUUCCUAGGUAAGGUGUGUUCCAAAAGAAAACCAGAUCAUUUAGCUCAAUAACCAAAAUGGUAUGGUUUAAAUAUAAAGCCAUAAAAUCACAUCUUUUGGUGUCCUUUGCCAUGGAUGAAGAAGGAAAAGAGAGUUUCAAGCUUUAUCUGCCUAACAGGAUUGCUGCCAAGAUUUACAUAUUGACGAUGCCGCAGAUAGAGAAGGAAUGAAUAUUUUCAAGUAGAAAAUCCUUUUCAGCAAACCCAACACUGAGCUGUAAAUAAGAAUGCUGCCGGCUAAAAUUAAUUGUUUGUUAUUGACUUAUUUUGUCCCUUAUACUUUUGCUGUUACAGACCAUGCAACAUAAUGCACUAAAGACAAAACUACAAUUCCAUUCCAAGUCUCUGUUAGUUUUCACUUGUUCUGCGAUUUAAUGCUAAAGUCCCUGUUUAAUUACUUGUUUGCCUUAGCCUUUGUCAUUGUUCUAUUGAGUUUUUCUGUUGUGAGCUUAUUUCAAACCAUCUCUUCUGGUUUUAAUUUACCAUGAAGGUAUUGUUUUUAGAAGAUCAAUAAUCUUCAUUGAGAAAGAUUCCUUUUUCCCAUCCUCUUGGUGCAUAGACAAAGUUGAACUUUUUUUCUGCCUGAUUGCAUCACACUGGCUGAGAAAUGUUACAUUUGACGGGAUCAUAACAUCUGAUGCUGAAAAUAUAUUUCAAGGUAAAUAAAUAUAUUGCCAGUUCGAUUUGAUUUGAAAGUUAAUAGUUCAAUCCCUUUGUAUCACGCUAUGUUCAAGUUUGGUGACCUGGAGGGAAUGAGCAUGCCUCUGGUCAGCUGGACUGACCUCCACUUAACGGAAUUUGUUGCCUUUGGAGAAUACUGAUGCCCGGCAAGUCCAUAAAGCUCGCUGCAGGGAAUACUGCGGGGAAUGAGGGAAGAAAUGCAUCUUCCUAACAAUUAUCUAGACUGGCUAAUUUUCCAAGUUAUUUCAUUUAAUUUUUUGUCUUGGUCACCAAAAGAGCCAAGCAUCUUAACCCAGAAGUGUCUAAAGCAAAUUCAGUCUCCAAACUGCACAAUAUGAAAUAGCCUCCCCAUUCCACCCCACCCCACAAGAUUCUGGGGCUGGUUCAAUCACUUUUAAAGCUCUUUCUCUUGCGCUGCCUGCAGAGCCCAGCUGCUGUAAUAUAGGCUGAAAUGCUGCUUUUAUCCUAGUUUGCGUAGAUGGCUGGUGGGUAAAUCAAUUGGAGUGAAAGGCUUGAAUUGUCUUUCUUUGCUGCCACGUCACAAGCACAAAUAUUUUCAUUUUCAUGCUUUGCUUGGAGGAGGCUGAAGCCUUUGGCACAAGCCACUUCUGCUUGUUUGACCUCCUUUGCGUGUAUGGAAUGGUGAGGAGUAGCUCUGAGAAAUACCGAACAAAACUAUCAAAA